GCCUGGUUCCUGCUGCGCAUGCGCCGUGGUGUUGCAGGCUCUUGCGGCCUUGUUUGGUUCUCCCGCCAGCCAUGCCUUACGCCAACCAGCCCACCGUCCGCAUCACGGAGCUCAGCGACGAGAACGUCAAGUUCAUCGUGGAGAACACGGACUUGGCAGUAGCUAAUUCCAUCAGGAGAGUGUUCAUUGCUGAAGUUCCCACCAUCGCCAUAGACUGGGUACAGAUAGAUGCCAACUCCUCGGUCCUCCAUGAUGAGUUUAUUGCACAUAGGUUAGGUCUGAUCCCUCUUACCAGUGAUGAUGUUGUUGAUAAACUGCAAUAUUCCAGGGACUGUACCUGCGAUGAGUUUUGUCCCGAGUGCUCAGUAGAGUUCACGUUGGACGUGCGAUGCAACGAAGACCAGACCCGCCACGUCACGUCACGUGAUCUCAUCUCCAACAACCCUCGAGUUAUACCAGUGACCUCCCGGAGCAGAGAUAAUGAUCCCAACGACUACGUUGAACAGGAUGACAUCCUCAUUGUCAAGUUGCGGAAAGGGCAGGAACUGAGGCUUCGGGCCUACGCGAAGAAGGGCUUUGGCAAGGAGCACGCCAAGUGGAAUCCCACCGCAGGGGUGGCCUUUGAGUACGACCCGGACAACGCCCUGCGGCACACCGUCUACCCAAAACCGGAGGAAUGGCCAAAGAGUGAAUACUCUGAAAUUGAUGAAGAUGAAGCACAGGCUCCGUAUGAUCCAAACGGAAAGCCAGAAAGGUUUUACUACAAUGUGGAAUCCUGUGGUUCUCUGCGGCCCGAGACCAUCGUCCUCUCGGCCCUCUCUGGCUUGAAAAAGAAGCUGAGUGACCUCCAAACGCAGCUGAGCCACGAGAUCCAGAGCGACGUGCUGACCAUAAACUGAUAUUUGCUUGUGUCUGAAAGGAGCCCUGAUUUCCGGGAAAGAUACGGGACUCUGGUUGUUGUAAUGCGCAAAGUCUGAUGGCAUCAAGAGACAGUAUAGAUUCAUGCACGGCGGAACUCUUCGCCCUCAAGUUUAGUUUGCAUUUCUUUGACAGCAUCAUUAUGUCCAGGUUAUCUUCAGUACUCACUUAAGACGUUGCUGCUGUUGGGGGGGGGGGGGG